UUCACCCUCAACCCGCCCUACCGCACCAUGUCUUCCGGUGUCGCCGUUCACCCUACCUGCCUCGAGGCCUACCAGUCGCUCAAGCUCGGCAAGAAGCUCAAAUUCAUCGUCUUCAAGCUCUCGGGCGACAACAAGGAGAUCGUCGUCGACUCGCAGUCCGAGUCGUCGUCGUACGACGAGUUCCUCGACGCGCUCCCGCCCAACUCGCCCCGCUACGCCGUGUACGACUUUGAGUACGAGAAGGGCGAGGGCAAGCGGAACAAGCUCUGCUUCUACGCGUGGUCGCCGGACGAGGCAAAGAUCAAGGACAAGAUGCUGUACGCCUCGUCCAAGGACGCCCUCCGUCGCUCGCUCGUCGGCAUCGCUUCGGAGAUCCAGGGCACCGACUCGUCCGAGGUCGCCUACGACGAGGUCCUCGACAAGGUCACGCGCAUGUCGUCGUAAUCUGCAGCAGUCCCGCCUCUGUACCCCCACCUCCUUCUGUCGUCGUCGUCGAGUUACCCCCAAACGCCCUUUCGGCGCUUCUCUCCAGUCG